AUGCCUGCUCGUCAAGCAACAGCUCGUUAUUGCUUGUAUCGGACGUUCGUUGAUACUUAUAUGAAAGCACAUGCAGAUGUUCCACGAAAAAUUUCUCAUGCUGAAGCUCAAGCAGAAUGGAAUCAAAUCAAAAGCAGUGAAAGUCGUGUCCAAGAGAAAAUUGAUGAAUAUAUGGAGAAAUUUAAGUCAAGCAGCGCAGCUGGCUUAAAUUUUGAUGAUAAGGUGGACGAUGCCAGUGUUGAAGAUGAUGAUAAGGACGAUAAUGGCGAUGAUGAUUAUGAACCGAAGAAGAAAAAGACUCGUGGACGUAAGAAAAAAGGUGAAUCAGGUGUUGAUUCGGAGAAUGGUGGUCGAGUAACGAAAAAACGUCGAAAACGAGCCGAAUCAUCAGAUCCCGAAUUUGAACCCGAAGAACCAGCUAUAAAACCGGCAGAAAAGAUUCGAACAGCAACUGAAAUUCUCGCGAAGAAGACUAAAGCACCGGCGCAAGACAAAGUCUCGAAAGAACUGCAUGAAAUCAAUGAACGCAUUAUUCAAUUAGUUCAAGUGAAAAAUAUGGGCAUGGCAACAAACGAGCAAGAGAAACAGUUGAAAAAACUCCUGGUCGAGCAGAAAAAGAAAGCCAAUGAUUUGAAACGGUUGAAGGCGGAACAAGCAGCGAAAAAGCGUUAUCGAGAAAUCAAAAAAAGAAAGAUCGAAGCAUUGUGUGAAAAGAAUCCUGAAUUAGCUGCUGAAUUAAACAAGAUCUAUCGGCCAGUGAUCGGUCGACCACCGAUCGAAGAAGAUUGUCCAGAUUUAUUACAAAUUAUCGAAGAAAUUGCCAAAGUUGGUGGUGCUGCUGAUGAUAAUCGACGUUCCCAAACCAUUCGACCAUGUUUGACCUUAGAUGAUUUACGAGAGAAAAUCAAAGAACGUGGAUAUGACAUCAAACGAUCCACACUCUAUUAUCGACUAUUACCACAUCGCGCCAAUUCAGUAGACGGAAAGAAACAUGUUCGAACAGUUCCCGUCCGUUUGCGAAAAGCUCUAAAUGAUGAACAUGGUAAACACGAAGACGGUCAUUUCGCCACCGCAACGAUUCGUUACAUCAAAGAUUUAGCCGGUAUAUUCGGUAACGACGUUGUUUUCUUCCUGUCACAAGAUGAUAAGUGUAAAGUACCGAUUGGAUUACCUGCUGCUAAAAUACAAGCACCUAUGCUUAUGCAUUUGGACUAUCGUGUUCGUCUACCAGAUCACGAUUGGACUGUUGCUCCACGCCAUCAACUAACUCCGAGUGUUUAUGCCGGAUGUAUGAUCAAUGAUAAUAAUGAUGUUGGUUAUUCCGGACCGACAUACAUUGCUAUUCGUUCAGCCAAACACGAUCGAAGCGAUGCAAAUAGUCAUGCAUGUGAUUUCGAUCGCUUAGUUGGUUUGAAAGAAUUCGAAAAGUCAGCACGAGAUUAUACCGGACAAGUCAAACCAAUCGUUAUUAUCACAGUUGAUGGUGGUCCAGAUGAAAACCCUCGUUUUCCCAAAACGCUCGUUGCUGCCAUACGAAAAUUUCGAAAGUAUAAUCUCGAUGCACUAUUUGUCUUAACACAUGCACCGGGCCAAUCAGCUUACAAUGUUGUUGAGCGACGUAUGGCACCGCUUUCACACGAUUUGGCUGGUCUUAUUUUACCUCACGAUCAUUUUGGUACGCAUUUAAGUGAUUCAGGUGUGACUGUUAAUCCCGAAUUGGAAAGAACCAAUUUCAAAAAAGCUGGAGAAGUUCUCGCCGAAGUUUGGUGUGGGUCAGUUAUUGAUGACUAUUCUGUUGUUGCCGAAUAUAUUGAUCCACCUGCGUCAACACCCGAUGAAUUGCGUGUAAUUGAUGUCAAACUUGUUAUGAGCAACAUGUUAAAUCAGAUAUGUAAAGAAGAAGAAGACGAAGAACCAAUCGAACGUCGAGUUCGUCAAAGUGACGAAUACUAUCAAGAACAAGCUCGACCGCCACGUUUUAUAUCUGAGGGUGAACCAGUGAAAGAUGCACCGAAAUAUGAUAUUGAUGAAUAUUGGUGUGCAACACAUGUUCUUCAAACUCAAUACACCAUUCAAAUCGUUCGUUGCAAUUCAAUUUCAUGCUGUGGACCAUGGCGAUCGAAUUAUAUUCAAGUCUUUCCUCACCGUUUCCUUCCUGCACCCAUUCCGUUCGAACGUACACCACGUGGCAUUGCUAUGGCUGAUCGUGAUUAUCAAAAAGGUGUUUUCUACGGUUCAUUAAUUCAGCGUAUUCAAUUCCACGGUGUUGUAAUGCAAUUUACUCAAAAUGAUAUUCUACCAUUCGAUUAUUGUUGUUCGAGUGUGCGCAAAGAGUUAAAACGACGCGUGUGUUCGAUUUGUAAACAAUAUAUUCCUUCAGCGUAUCGGAUGAAGAACCAUUAUAAAAUCCAUCAAGAACAAUAUGCAUCGAAUUGUUUGGAAUAUGACCAAAAUCUUAUGUUUAACGAAGAUGGUACAGUUAAUGAUGAUGAUGAUGAUGAAGGAGAAAUGUUAAGUGUUCAGCGACCAUUGCCAGGUGUGACAGAUCCGGCCGCGAAUGGAGUUGUUAUUUUCUCUGAUAUGUUAGAUUGGCUCAAAUCUGAUUUCGAAGAAUUGGAUCUCAAAGAACAAAUACUCAAAGAAGAUAUUAAGAAAAAACAAAUGCGUUAA